ACCCCACAUACUUAAAGUCAGAUGUACUUAAAUGGGAUAAUACUGUCUCAUAUUGUCCAGUGGUAGACAUAGUCCAUAUUGAUAACUAACAUACAUAAGUACUACCUUUGGUGUUGGGUUGAUUGGCAGUGGUACAUAAACCAGGUGCAUGUUUUGUGGUCUGGGUUGCCGACCACAGUCUGUUAGGCUGAAAGAGAUAUAUGAAGACUGGCAUGACCUUCAGCUCAGCAGACCUUCUGCCACCUAUUUCUCUGAUGAUAAGUCUCUCCCUGAAGAUAGUUUGCAUAUAAGCCUUUUGUUAUCAAUACGUUUUAAUCUUAUCCAUGUACCAAGGUGUGCUAUUCAGAGUUCUGCCUCUGGAACUUGACUGUGCACAUUUCUUCUCAGUAGAUUUCAGGAAGCACUGUGAGAAGUCUGAAUCCUGUACCAUACAAGCAGAACGGGAGCAAGAUUCUGGAUGGUCACCUGCUGUCUUGGGAUGUGGCAGCUCUUCUGAGUGGUGGAUUCAGGGAAUAUGGCCAAACGAAGCUUCUCCGCGUUGGAGGCAUUCCUCAUUUUCCUCCUUGUAAUGAUGACUGCCAUUACCGUGGCCCUUCUCAGCCUCUUGUUUAUCACCAGUGGCACCAUUGAAAACAACAAAGACUCAGGAAACGUGGACUUUUCAACCACCCAGAGCCCUCCAGGCACACAGGGCCCUGCAGCCACACAGUCUGCUCCUGUGACCUGCACCCCAGAGCCACCUCUGCCUCAGAACUUCAGUGGCUACCUUGUUGGGGCAGGGCGUGCUGACUGCACAGGACAAGUGGCAGACAUCAAUUUGAUGGGCUACAGCAAAAGCGGCCAGAAUGCACAGGGCGUACUCACGAGGCUAUACAGUCGGGCUUUCAUCGUGGCAGAAUCUGAUGGGUCAAAUCGAGUCGUGUUUGUCAGCAUUGAGAUAGGCAUGGUAUCUCAACGACUCAGGUUGGAGGUCCUGAACAGAUUACAAAGCAAAUAUGGUUCCCUGUACAGAAGGGACAACGUUAUCUUGAGUGGCACCCAUACACACUCAGGUCCAGCCGGCUAUUUCCAGUACACUGUAUUUGUCAUCGCCAGUGAGGGAUUUAGCAAUCGAACUUUUGAGUACAUGGUCAAUGGCAUUGUGAAGAGCAUUGAGAUAGCACAUGAAAAUUUGAAACCAGGCAAAAUCUUUAUCAACAAAGGAAUAGUGGAUGGUGCACAGAUCAAUCGAAGCCCUUAUUCUUAUCUUCAGAAUCCACAGUCAGAGAGAGCAAGGUAUUCUUCAAAUACAGACAAAGAAAUGGUAGUCUUGAAAAUGGUGGAUUUGGAUGGUGAUGACUUGGGCCUUAUCAGCUGGUUUGCCAUCCAUCCUGUCAGCAUGAACAACAGCAACCAUCUUGUAAAUAGUGACAAUGUGGGCUAUGCAGCUUACCUUUUUGAGCAAGAAAAGAACACAGGAUAUCUACCUGGAGAGGGACCAUAUGUAGCAGCGUUUGCUUCAUCGAACCUAGGAGAUGUGUCCCCCAAUAUUCUUGGCCCCCGUUGCAUCAACACGGGAGAAUCUUGUGAUAAUGCCAAUAGUUCUUGUCCCAUUGGUGGGUCUAAUAUGUGCAUGGCAGCAGGACCUGGACAGGAUAUGCUUGACAGCACACAGAUUAUAGGACGCAUCAUAUACCAGAGAGCGAAGGAGCUGUAUGCCUCUGCCUCUCAGGAGCUGACAGGAGCUCUGGGGUCAGCUCACCAGUGGGUCAAUAUGACAGAUGUGACCGUCUGGCUCAAUUCCACACAUGCGGUAAAAACAUGUAAACCAGCACUGGGCUACAGUUUUGCAGCUGGCACAAUUGAUGGAGUUGGAGGUCUCAAUUUUACACAGGGAAUGACAGAAGGGGAUCCCUUUUGGGACACCAUUCGAGAUGAGCUCCUAGGCAAGCCAUCUGAAGAACUCAAAGAAUGUCAUAAACCAAAGCCGAUCCUUCUUCCUACAGGAGAGCUCUCACGACCUCAUCCCUGGCAUCCAGAGAUUGUUGAUGUUCAGAUUAUUACUAUUGGGUCCUUGGCUGUCACUGCCAUCCCUGGGGAGUUUACAACCAUGUCUGGACGAAGACUUCGAGAGGCAGUUCAAGCAGAAUUUGCAACUUAUGGGAUGAGGAAUAUGACUGUUACUGUUUCAGGUCUAUGCAAUGUUUAUACACAUUAUAUUACCACAUAUGAAGAAUACCAGGCUCAGCGAUAUGAGGCAGCAUCUACAAUUUAUGGACCACAUAGUCUUUCUGCUUACAUCCAGCUGUUCAGAGGCCUUGCUAAGGCCAUUGCUACGGACACAGUAGCCAAUCUGAGCAAAGGCCCAGAGCCUCCAUUUUUCAGUCAGUUGAUACUCCCAUUAAUUCCUAAUAUUGCGGACAGAACACCAUUAGGCAGAAAUUUUGGGGAUGUCCUGGAGCCCGUGAAACCUGAAUACCGAGUGGGAGAAGUUGUUGAAGUUGUUUUUGUAGGUGCUAACCCAAAGAAUUCAGCAGAAAACCAGACUCAUUCGACUUUCCUCGCUGUGGAGAAGUAUGAAGACGAUUCAGCCACAUGGCGGGUGGUGCAUAAUGAUGCUUCGUGGGAAACUCGUUUUUAUUGGCACAAGGGAUUACUGGGCCUGAGCAAUGUGACAAUAGAAUGGCAUAUUCCAGACACUGCGCAGCCUGGAAUCUACAGAAUAAAAUACUUUGGAAACAAUCGGAAGCAGGAACUUCUGCAGCCCGCAGUUAUACUUUCCUUUGAAGGAACUUCAUCUGCUUUUGAAGUUGUAACUACUUAUUGGAAAGUUGACACAUCAUUUAAAGGGUAGCUUUAAUCUGUAUGUGCUGUCUAACUGAUCCCAUGUGAACAUGAGCCACUGGGUUCUAUAAUCGUUCCUGUUUAGGGACAGAUAAAAAUUGCUAAUGGAACAGGAUGGGGGUUUAUAGGAAGGGGGGAGAAGAAAACAGGAGACUAAUGGGAGAGGGACAGGGAGAGAAGAGUCCUGUUGUCCCAUUUGAUUUCUUGCCUGGCAGCCUUGCACUCCAUGUCCUACAAGCGAACACAUGGUUUGUCUUGAAGCCUUGUGAUUGUUUGAAGAACAAUUCCCUUAGUUAGAAACUGUUGGUGAGAGAAUUCAAAGCUGUGUGAACAAUAUUGAACCUAUUUAGUUAGAGAUUAUUGGAUGUUCACACUAGAAAUAUUUAUAACAAUUGUCUACUUUGAUCCUUUAUUUUACAACCAGGAAAUAUGAGGUUUGUGGACUUAAAAUUACAAUAAUAUUCUAGGACCUAUUCUCCCAAUUGCAUUUGAGAAAUACAUAGAUCAAUUAGAGAAGCAGAAAAUUAGCAUGCCAGUUUUUCUGUAUUCAAAUAAGCAUGAUUCAAAGCAGAAACCCUGGUGUUGACUACCCUGGUUUAGGGUUCUUAAUUCUCAAUCAUUUCUGAAAUUGUCCUCAGAGAACAAUUAUGAAAAAGUCAGACUUGGAAUGUUUUGGUCAUGCCUUGUGUUUCCUUAAGUGUCCUUAUCCCACUAGAUUGUGUCCCUUAUUCCCUGGACUUACUCGAAGUGAUUUUUUCACUAUUUUCAUAAAUCAGGUUCCUCUAAAGCCAUGAAGCUAUUCUGUUAGUGCUGACAUUUAAGUGAAAGUGUUAUUGGCUGGGGAAGGCAGUCCACAACAUGGAGGUUCUAAAUGAAUUUUUCUCCUCUCUCAUCACUGAUUCAUUCGUUCAUUUAUGGAUUAUUCAGUCAUAGGAUAUUGAUUUAGACUUACAUACCAAAUAUUACACUAGUGCCUGGGUCUUGGUAGGCAUUGGGAUUUGUGCAUUGGAUAAAAGCAACUCAAAAGUAACUACUCUGAUGGAGAAGCUUCACUUUCUUAUAAGAAUUCUGGAGAGAAAUUUAAAAAUGAGUAAUGUGCAAGUCAUAUCUUGUUUAGCAUCUGUGUUGGAGAUUCUAAUUUGAAGGGAAAGAGGCUCUGAACAGUUUAUCAAACACUGUCUUCAAAAUAUGUGUCAGCCUUGUAUAUUAUAUCCAACCUAAUGUGCCAAAGAAUGAAAUAUGACAAUCUGACUGUCUCUCCAAAGUUAUCUGUUAGUUAGAAAUUCUCAGCCUGAGAAGUUCAACUUCUUAACUCCAAGUCACAUUUUGUAUGAGUGUAAAAGCUUUAAUAUUUUAAGGAAAAAUUAACCUUUACUUAAAAAACUGUAAGGGUUGAAAUGAUAGUGACAAUAAUAAUGACAAUACUAACAUUAAUUUGGGGUUUGGUUUAAUUGUAUCUUGAAUUAGAAUGAACCUGAACCUUGGACAUGUUUUGAUGAAUCAGUACUGUACCGACUAUUUCUAUGCAAAUUAACUGCUAUGGAAUCAGCUAAUCAUGCUUUCUAGGAGUUGUGAUUAGUUUGCCUAAUGAUACUACCAGCUUUAAAAGGUUCAGAGACCUGCAAGAGCUAGUAUUUCUGAAAAAUGGUUCACCUAGACAGAAAAGAACUUAUGGAAUGGUCUUGAAAAAAGUAUUUCUCAUGAAUAACAAGAGUUUAUGAAAUACUUUCACCGCCUUCAUUCCUCCUGUUGAGGCUUUCCUUUCUGCCCAAGAUGUUCACUGAAUCUAGAUCAAGGCAACAGUGAUGUCAGCCACUGAUCUUGCUGCACCCUAACUCGUCCUACUGUGACCCACAGAACCGUCUGCCUCCUGCUGAUCCUUCGCACCUUCCUAUACCCUACUGAUCUUUCCACACUCUGUUGUUCACUUUUGAUCUUCCUGUACCUUAAUGCAUCUCCUGAUCCUUAUGUAUUCUGUUGUACCCACUGGUCCUUCUGACCCAGUCGUCUCUCAACCAUACUGUGAGUCUUAAAAAGCCUAAGAAUCUGUUGUCUAUCUGGCUGUCACCUCUUUUAGACCGUAAAGUUAUUAUUUUUUUUCAUCAGAGUAAAGCCAAACCCAUCCAUUGCAGAUGCUUGAGCAUAAAAGAAGGCUGCAGAUCAACUGAUUUCAUGUAUUAAUUAAAAAUUCAAAUUAAAAAUCACUUUGUAUCUUUAAUUGCUGCCGGAGAGAGACACAUUGGAGCCAAACCGCAAAGAAACUACUUAAAUUGGCGGAUUAGGUGAAAAGCAACCAAUAGGUUGGGUUGGUGCGAGAACUCUGAAUAUUUUAGAGCACAUAAUGUUUCUCAUAGUAGAGUUUUAUUUAUUUGUUUUUUUUUUUGGUCUCUUGCUUGAUUUGGUGUUAAGAUUGCUGUGACUUCUUCAAAUGGAACUGCUGUUUCCACUUCUAGAUUAAUAUUUUUAAAUGAAUAUUAUGCAACAUUGUCACUAUCAGAAUAUUUAGCAAUAAAUUAAGAAUUAUACUUAA